CCACUCUGCCACACUCUCCAUAUUUGGUCACUUUCUGUUAAUUUUUCAUUAUUUUUGGUCUCUUUUUUUCUUUAGUUAAUUUUACCUAUAUUCUCUCUCAAUUUUUUUCUAUAUUUUACUUUUCCUCACUUAAUUAUCUAUAAUUAAACACUUGUUCUAUAUUCACAAAUCAAAUCACAGUUACUGUAUUGGGUGGCUUUUGACUCCUCUAACCCAACUUAAAUUUUAUCCCUUUAUUAUUAUUACUUAAUCUCUCUCUUCUUAUAUAUAAAUAACCACUCAUCUUUCUCUGCUACCUUACAUUACAAAAACCCCUCUCUCUCUCUUAACUUUUAAGGUUAAGGUUAAGGUUAAGGUUCAGCCUCUCUCUCUUAAUCCAAAAAAAAAAUAAUCAACAAUGGAACCAGCCCCUGAACCUCAACAACUUUCUUUGGCCUCUAGGGAUCACACCAACACCAACAUCAUCAAAGGCAAAAGAACCAAAAGGGUUAGGCCACAAUCUCCUAUACCUUUUUCCAUCACUGCUAAUUCUUCGACCGAAGGAGGCGCAGGAGGAGGAGGAGGAAGAGAAGAUUGCAACAACGGUAAUGAUGUCGUCGUCAACAACAAUAUCAACAAUAAUAAUAAUAACAGCUCUCCAACAACUUCUUAUGUAGCUGAAAAACAGGAGGACAAUAUUCUUGAUGAAGAAUAUGAUAUGGCAAAUUGUUUGAUUUUAUUGGCACAAGGACAAUCAAGGGAUUCAUCGAAAAAUACCGAUGAAUAUGACGGUGGAAUGAUGAACUAUACGAAAUACAGCAGUAGAAAAUUCAUGGAAGCUGCUACUUUGGAUUCUGGAAGAGCAGGUUACUAUGUUUAUGAAUGCAAAACAUGUAAUAGAACUUUUCCUUCAUUCCAAGCACUUGGUGGCCAUAGAGCAAGUCAUAAAAAGCCAAAAGCAUUGGCAAUUGCUCAAGAGAGAAAACAACUUUUUGAUGAUGAUCAAGAUUUUCAAUUCAAAACCAAUCAUAAAUCAAUUUCCCUUCAAUUGAACAACAAUGGUAAGGGAAAUCUUUACGGCGGAAACAACAACAGCAACAACAACAAUAAGUCUAAGGUUCAUGAGUGUUCCAUUUGUGGUUCUGAAUUCACAUCUGGUCAAGCACUUGGUGGGCAUAUGAGGCGACACCGCGCGCCGGUGGGGACCACUGCUCCUGCCAACACCACACUUUCCUUGACACCAAUGGCUUUGGAACAUGAUGAAGAUCAACCUAGAAAGAAAAGGAAUGUUUUGUCUUUGGAUUUGGAUCUCAAUCUUCCUGCACCUGAAGAUGAACAUAGAGAAUCAAAGUUUGCCUUUGCUUCCAAGCAACAACAACAACAUGGCCAAAAACAACAACAGCAACAGCAACAACAACAACAACAACAACAAACAAAUCUUGUCUUCUCUUCGCCGGCUUUGGUGGAUUGUCAUUACUAAGAGAAGUAACAAGGUUUUGGUUUUGGGAUUAACAAACAUUUUGUUGAUCAUCAACAUUCAAUUCUGGAAAUUCUAGAAAUAUUAUAUUCUUUUUAUUCUUUAUCAACUUGAACAAGCACCUGAUAAUUUUUAAGAAUUCAGUUGUUUAUUGAAGGAAAAAAUUAUUAAAUUGUUCUCUGAAAAGGUUUCUCAACAAAUCAUGUGUAUAGUUCAUGUUGAGUACCUUUUUUCAAUUUUUCAUUGUUUUUUUUUUUUUUUGUCAAAGAAUGUGAUGAUGUAUUAUUUAUGGGUACAAAGAGAAAGAGAGGCAUAGGGGGGUUAUUAGUACUAUUACAUUACUAUCUUAAAAAUGUUUGUUUAAGUUUCAUUUUUUUUUUUUAAACUUUUACCACCAGUUUAAUCUGAUUCGGGGUCAGUUCUGGCAUAAGUGGUACUAGUCCCCUCCCGAUGGCAAGUUUCAUUGUUUUUUGUUUACAAGAAAAUUUACCUCCUCUCUCUAUUUAGUAUAUA